GAGGACAUAUCGCAUUUAGGCUAAAAACAGGUUCGGGACUUAUAGCGUUUUGGAAAGAAACUGCAUCUUGCAGUACAUUUUAAACAAGGAAAUAUAGCGAUUUGGCAUGAAACAUUGAUGGAGCAGUGAAUAGGUUUAAUACACAGCAAAAUGGCAUGACAAACUCAUUUUUUUAUUUGUCGUUUAAUGCGUUUUGGAAAAGAGCUCUUCUAAUGUAGACUAUUACCAGUGUAACAGAAGCCUUGUUUCUGCUGAGAGUGAUGUGUUUGCCGACUCCUCCUAUCUCAAAUGGGCGUGGCAGAAAUGUGUGACUGUUUCACGCAUGCUCACAAAAUCUAGAUUGCCGCUUGGUUGAUAAACCCACACACAUAGCAAUGAGUACUCAUCAUGCAGCAACACAUUCAUGUCUACGUAUCGUCCAUCCACAUACGAAAUAGCUCGCUGUGAUUUCGAAACAGACGAUGAAUGUCCAAAACGCCGAGAAGGUGGGACGCGAGUUAUCCUGUUUUUCUUCUUGCGUUUGAGAUGCCAUGAUGGCUCAGAGCACUGACUAGUGCUGAUCAGAGAGGGAGGGAGGUGGCCAUCAUCCUCUGGUCAUCAUCAAUCUGAAAAGCACCAGCGCCAUCGCAAUACAAAGCUUUGUGUUACAGGUGGGCAUCAUUUCACAAGAAAUCUUCAGUGUGGAAUAAGCAUUUCUGAAGACUUGCCAGUAAUUGGUUGUAAGUGCCUUCAUUGCUUACGCAUGUGUUAGCAUAAUGCUGCCAGGCGUGGGUGUAUUUGGAACCGGGCAGACGGUCCGUGCCCUGGUGCCAUUGCUCCAAAAAGAAGGCUUCCCUGUUCAGGCGGUUUGGGGCCGUACACAAGAGGAAGCAGAGUCACUGGCCAGUGAGUUGGACAUUCCCUUCUCCACCAGCCAGACAGAUGAUGUGCUACUACAUCCAGAGGUCCAUCUCGUCUGUAUAUUGACACCACCACCACACACAAGGCAGAUCGCCGUAAAAGCUCUAGGUAUAGGCAAAAAUGUAAUCAGUGAGCAGGCAGCUACACUGAUGGAUGCUUGUAUGAUGGUGACGGCAGCCAGAUAUUACCCACAGCUUAUGAGCAUCAUGGGAAAUUCUUUGCGCUUCCUGCCCGCCUUUGUCCAAAUGAAACGCAUGCUGGGGGAGGGUUAUUGUGGGACCUUGCAGGUAUGUGAAGCACGUGUAUACGGAGGCUCGCUGCUCAGCCAACCGUAUGGAUGGGCAUGGGAGGAGCUUAUGGGAGGAGGUGGCCUGCACACAGUUGGCUCUUGCAUCAUCGAUCUGCUGAGCCAUCUCACAGGCCGGCGGGCUUUGCGAGUGCAUGGAAUGCUACGGACUUUUGUACGUCAGGGUGGUCCAGGGGGAGGAAUUCGUUCUGUAACCGCAGAUGACUAUGCUUGCUUUCAGCUACUGAUGAGUGGGGGUGUGGUCUGCAGCGUGACACUAAACUUUAAUUUACCUGGCACAGAUCUACAUGAGGUCAUGCUUGUAGGGUCAUCAGGGCGCCUCAUUGCUCGAGGAACAGAACUAUAUGGUCAGCGGACCCCCAUGCAAGUAGAGGAGCUUCUUUUGAGUGAUGGCGGAGGAGAAGUGGGCCCAUCCAUUAGGGGACUUAACUGUAUGGUGACUCAGCUCCGACUUUCCUUUCAGACACAAGAGGACAGGCGCUCCUGGGUGCGGCACCCUGUUUCCAUGGCAGCCUCAUUUGAGGAUGGGCUCUAUGUACAGACGGUAGUUGAUGCCAUCAAACGGUCAAAUCGCACUGGAGACUGGGAGUUGGUGGAUGUGAAGAUCCAGGAUGUGGACCCUAACCAUAACCACAGAACCAUAUCAAAUUAAAACAACAAACACUGUUACAUUUGACAUAUACAAUUAACUACCCCCUUAAAUCUGCCUAUUCACCUUAUUCACUCAUGAUUACAAUAAAAUAAGCAAGCCCACAUUUUUUAAAUAAAGAGCCUAGAUUCAUAAUACUGAACUUCAUAAUCCCUAUUUACUGGACGUUUUAAAUUAUUAAUAGUUUUAAGUAAUCUGUGCUUGCAGAGAUUUGUCACUGGAUAGAAAUAGAUACACAUGAAAAAUACUAAGAAAUUGAUAACAGUUUACUAGUGUAAGUACUAAAUUAUAGUAUUUUUCAUGUGGUAAAAUGUUUUUUUUUCUCCCUAUUUCCUUACCUUAAAUAAGAUGUGUGAAGCUGUGCUGCAAAAUAAUGGUUUUUGUGAUUUUAACUAUUUUAAUCAGAUGUUUUGAGUCUAAAUACUGCAUUUAAGAUUCUGACAUUUUAUAUAACUGUGUGAGUACUAUUAUAAGCUCUGCUGUUUUUUAUAUGUGUGCGAGAGUUAUGUUUAUGGCACUGAUUUACUUCCUAUGCUGGACACUAGAUAUCAUUUCUGUAAUAUUCCUGUGACAACGUGAUGUCCAAUGUAUUGGACAUGUUGCGUUUCUAAUAAGCUGCACAACAUUUCUUACAUUUGAAUAGAUUGAAGACUGAGUGUUGGGUUAGUAUGAACGGUAAUUUGUAAUAAAAAAUAUUUAACACAUUUAAGUUU